AUGGCAGCCCCGAAUCAUACCCGCGGCCCUGGAUGUCGCCUUGCCCCCGUACGCCACCCGACUUUAGAUAACGACGUACCUCCGACCGACGCCCAGUUCUUCUACUCGUCCCUCAUCCCCAUCGACGACCCCUUGUCAACAGGCUCCACUGCCAGCACGUCCGACUCAAGAUCUUCGAAGCGGCAGCUUCGCCCCUUCAGCAACGAGGACAACAUUGCUUUAGAGAAGGCGUGGUUGAGCCUCAUGUCGCAGUCAGACCGCCUUCGACACCAGGCCUCCAUAUCGGAUCGCGACUCAGUUCGCCCCGCCCCGGAUGCCGCCGGCGCAGAGAGGGACAAGCUCAUUCAAAUGCUGGCGCUAGAUCACUGGGAGAAGCAUCCUCAUACGGUAUCCCCACAAGAUGCGUCGCAUGCCCUCACGCGGGCUUCCUUUAUCCCGUGUUGCACCGAGCUUCUCAUGAGUGUCUCGGAAGAGCUGCAAACAAGUUUCUGUAGCUUGUGCAGGAAACAUGACCCGCACCUGAGCGUAGAGGAGGUUGCGCGCGACGUUUUCUCGGCCAUCGACGGCUUGCGCAAACCCGGUGCCAGUGACAGCCCGGAGCAGGUACUACCGACAAAUAGCCCUCUGAAGAAUCUCGGUGGCAAGGAGAACGAACCUCUCCAGCGUGCCUAUGACGAGAGCUCUGAUACAAAACGGCGGCCUCGGUCAACGUCCCAGCUUACUGGUAAUUCGUCUCGGACUCAUACUCCCAGCAGCGUCCGAGCUCCCUUCCGCGUGUCUCACGGUGAUGACGGCAUCUCAGGCAAGCCGUUUGUGCGCGUGGGCAGCCUUGACAGCCAUCCGCCGUCGGCCUCAACUUCCCUUCCGCGCACCGAGGCCCUCGCUGAUGCUUCAUCCGCCAGACGGGACGAUGGGGGCUCUGCUGAUCGCAUCACAUCUCCAGCGCUGUUGGAUCAUCUUGAGAACUCAGACGCAGUUGUGUCGGCCGUGAGGAACGUGGCAGAAGUUCCUGUUGGCGUAUCUCGCUUGCACAAAGUUUCUCUCCCAUUGCUGCAGAUGAAGCCCAUUUAUUGGUCUCCAGUUAACGAUAUCGCGGUAGUGACAAGGGCAACGUGGUUCUACAGAGACACCAUGUUGCCAAUCGCCCCUAUUGUCGCCAACCAGCUUGAAACUGGGUAUCAGGAGUUGCGUCCGUGGACGGAGACAUGGAACGAUGAGAUUCGAUGCGCCAUAGAUGUUGGGCCACUGGGUGAGGAGAAAGUCGCUCACUUGCUCUGGCCUCAAGACUCAAAUCAACCGUACUGGAACAAGAAAGGCGUCGAGCCUGAAGCUCGUGUUUCCUCGGACCCUUUUUGCGCAUCACGCUGCUCCCAAGGCGAAGCCGCCUGCCAAGGUUCAAUCGAGCCUGUUUUAAGCGGGCCCGCGAUUGCGUUAGGGUCGCCCAACAGGCCCUUUUCCAACUAUCACGUCAUCUACAAGGACGAGAGGCACGCAUUCUUGUUGAAGCCCAGCCUCAAGCCGUCGGCAUACUACGGGAGGAAACCUCUGAGCAAGAUAAUGAAAGGUCUUACUGUCGGUAUACCUGUCAUCAGAGGGUUUGAUCGCCACACGUGGGACCGCCUUCACGAAAAGACGCGGACGACUCCAGGACAGCCCGCUGUGUCAGCAGCUGAGGAGCUUCAGCAAGAAGCCGGCUCCAGCAUGUGCAUGGCAUGCAAGGCAGCCAAGAACGGCAAUCAAGUCAACGAUCUGAUCCUCGUGGCUCAUGGAAUUGGCCAAAAGUUUGCAGAAAGGGUAGAGAGCUUCCAUUUUACCCAUGCCAUCAAUGGCUUCCGAAGGGCUGUCAACCUCGAAUUGAACAACCCGCUUGUUCAGGAGGUGUUGCGGAAGGACCAGAGUGGUCUUAUGAUUCUGCCUCUUAAUUGGAGGACUGGUUUGUCCUUUGAAGACGGCGGCCCCGUUCGGGAGGAGGACGAGGCAGCGCGCACGGCAGACUCCUUUGCAUUGAAAGAUAUUGAGCCAAGCACCAUUCCAGCGGUCCGGAGCAUGAUGUCUGAUGUCAUGUUUGACAUCCCCUUCUACAUGUCCCACCACAAGGGCAAGAUGAUCAAAGCUCUCGUUUCCGAGGCAAAUCGGGUCUAUCGGCUCUGGUGCCGGAACAAUCCUGGCUUCGCCGAGAAGGGAAGAGUCCAUCUCAUCGCGCAUUCGCUGGGCAGCGCCAUGGCGCUCGAUGUCCUCUCGCGUCAGCCAACAAAGGCCCCCAAGCUUGACCUGUCUCGGCCUGAGCCAGAGUCCAACUUCUUCGAGUUUGACACGUGCAACCUUUUCCUCCUGGGUAGCCCUGCCGGAUUCUUCCUCCUGCUCGAGCGGGGUACCCUCGUGCCACGACGAGGACAACGCAAGCCCGGAGCUGACCUAACCGACGUUACUGCAAAGUCAGUAGUCGGAGAAACAGGGACCUUCGGGUGCCUGGCUGUGGACAACAUCUACAACAUUCUUGCCAAGGAGGACCCGAUUGCCUACCUGCUCAACGGUGCUGUGGACUCGGCAUAUGCAUCUGGUCUUAAGAUUGCCUACUGCCCUAGUACGGCAACGUCAUUUUUCAAAUCUAUGGGGGACGCUGUACGCAGCGUUGUUCCGGGCAUGGCACCGGCGUCAGAUGCGCUGGUUAUGGAGGCAGAACGGCCGCCAACAGUGCGACUGCCCUCGCAAUUGGAACUGGAGGUUCAUGACUUUAGCCGCGAAGAAAUUGCCGAGAAGAAAUUUCUUCUCCUCAAUGACAACGGCCAAAUCGAUUGGUUCCUCAAGUCGGGAGGUGGUCCUCUCGAGAUCCAAUAUCUCAACAUGCUCAGCGCCCAUACGAGCUACUGGACCAACCAGGAUUUCAUUCGCAUGCUUUGCAUCGAGAUUGGAAGGAAACCCGGCAGGGCCUUCACCGUGCCCGCCAUGAGGGCCGUCAAGGCAGGCAAGCGCUUUUACCCCGCCACGCAAUAG